AUGCCACGCUCACCGCUGCUCCCGCCGCCGCUGCUGCUGCUGCUUCUGCUGCUGCCGUUGCCGCCGCCGGCCCCCGGCCUCGGGCUCCGCGGCGCGGGCAGCCGGCGCCCGGAGUGCGGUCCGUGCCGGCCGGAGCGCUGCCCGGCGCCCGCGCACUGCCCGGCGCCCGGGAUCGCGGCGCGCGACGAGUGCGACUGCUGCGCGCUCUGCCUGGGCGCCGAGGGCGCGAGCUGCGGGGGCCGUGCGGGCGCGCGCUGCGGCCCGGGCCUGGUGUGCGCGAGCCGGGCCGCGGGGGCGGCGCCCGAGGGCACCGGGCUCUGCAUGUGCGCGCAGCGCGGCACCGUCUGCGGCUCCGACGGCCGCACCUACCCCAGCGUCUGCGCGCUGCGCUUGCGCGCCCUUCACGCGCCCCGCGCGCACCCCGGCCACCUGCACAAAGCGCGCGAUGGCCCCUGCGAGUUGGCUCCUGUGGUCGUCAUGCCACCGCGUGGUACUCGCAACAUCACCGGCGCACAGGUGCACCUGUCCUGUGAAGUGAGGGCCGUGCCCACCCCAGUCAUCACGUGGAGGAAGGUCACGCAGUCUCCAGGGGGCACCCAGGUGCUGGAGGCGUUGCCUGGGGACCACAUCAACAUAGCCAUCCAGGUGCGAGGGGGCCCUUCCGACCACGAGGCCACAGCCUGGAUCCUGAUCAACCCCCUGAGAAAGGAAGACGAGGGUGUAUACCAGUGCCAUGCAGCCAACGCGGUCGGGGAGGCCCAGGCCCUCGGCACAGUGACUGUUCUGGAACUGGGUAAAGACAAGUGGCACCACCUCCCAGCCCCCAGGGGCCACGUGUGACGGAGUAAGGGUCUGAGAGACUCUGGUCACGGGAGGAUGCAGAAGUCAAGCAGUGGAUCAUUUUGCUUUGGGCAGAGUUGGGAAAGCUGUUUGUAGACGACCCCUUUUGUAUGUUUUUUAAAAUUAGCUGCAGACUAGAUUCGUAUGCAGAUGUAGUUUUUAGGAGGAAACCAGAUGUGCAUGUGGCUGUGUUUUAUACUUCGGAAAUGAAUGACUCCAGGAGAAGCCUUUCUGUAGCCCUUCCCUCCCAGGGAAGACCACAGGCUGGGUGUUUGUAAUUCGGAGGGGCCGGUGCUGAGCACUGGCUGCUGAGACUCCUGGCCUCACCUGUACCUGCUGUGGGAGCUGUACUGGCUCCCUGCCGUCCCUGGCCCUGGUGUCUUCACCUGCGAAUGUGGCAUUAGGACUGGACCUUACCAGUGCCCUCCUAGCCCAGCCAUCCUACAGAUUUGCCCUGUGGUCUCGUGUUCUUUGUCAAAUGACGUCCCUCCAAACCUGAUGCUGCCACUUCCCGCCAGGCUCUGCUUUGCCCUGCCUUCCUGCCUUGGCCCCAGGGUAAGGAGCCGCCCCAGACGCAGGAACCCUGGGAUGGCAUCUGGGGACCCAGACAUCCACUUCUCUAACCAGGAGGGCGGCGGGAACCUCGUAAGAACACGGCCAGGCAUUCGCUCUGGGCUGCGGAGAGCAGCGUAGGAGAGAAGGCUUCUUAGAGACACUUGCCCUCACCUGGCAUGAAGCCGGGGACAUGGAACAAGAAAGGAGACGGUCUAAUAUUGGGUCACACACAGAUCCGCGGGUGCUGACAGCUUCUUAGAAGUCAGAAUCGGGGUGCUCCCUGGGGACGGCCCCUUAGUGCAUGAGUACUUUCCCAUCCAGGCCCCCGCCCCGGGAGCGUGGUCAGGGCAGGCAUUGGAGGCCCCUGGGCUCUGGAGGGGCGGCUUAUGCCCUGGUCCUGGGCUCUGGGGAGGUCCUGGGCUCUGGAGGGGCGGCUCCUGCCCCGGUCCUGGGCUCUGGGGAGGUCCCAGGCUCUGGUUCCCUUUCCUCCUCUACGUACUGCUUCUCAGGGAGACCCUGGAACCCGGGAGGGGAGGAGGCUGCCAAUUCCAUGGGGGCUGGGACCCCUAGGACUCAGGGGACUGAAGUUCCUGCCUUUAUAUGUGGCCAUUCACUUCUAAAGUUCCAGGAUGCUAGCGCCUGGCCUGGGGAUCUGGGAACAGGAGGUCCAUUUGAAUAUUUAUUUGCACGUCCAUCCCUGGCAUGUGGAAGCCCUCCGCCCAGCCCCCUCACCUUCUAAGCCCUGUGACUCUAUUGGAAUUAAGAAGGGAAUGAGACUACAUGAGUGAUUUUUCAAACUUUAAAAUGUUGGAACCCUUCUUUGAAUAAAACCGGGACUGGAAUUGAUCCCGUCGGAAGUUGGGUCAGGGCUGCCCAGGGGCCCGCUCACACCCACUGUGCUCCCAGCUCGUCUGACCCCUGUCCUCUGUCCCCACAGUCUGGGGGUCUGUGGUCAGUUCCCUGUGGUUUGAAUGGCUGGGAGAGGACUUGGGAGGACACUUGGUGGGACUGUGGUGGAAGGGCUGGGCCGCCAGGGCCUGGGAGGAGGGAGACACAUGGGGCAAUGCACCUGCUCACAAGCACAUUGGGCGCCACCAGCCGCAUUGCUUCGCUUAGGCUUUGCCUGCGUGGCCUCUGGACCCAGACAGGGUGGAGGGAGCCCUGCAGGGGGCGUGCUGAGCAUCAAGUCCACAAGGGUCUGGCUUUAGCAUCAGAAUUCUGUGCAAAAAAAUAAAUCAUACCUGUGACACUGUGAUGUUUCCACCCAAUCCAGAAAGGCAGAUGAAAAUUCGGGAGCCCAGGACCUUUCGGGCCAGGAGCAGGGCUGCGGCGGUGGCUGCCCCUAUGGACGCGCGAUUCUCCCACGAGUCCCAGAUGGUGGCUUUUCCCUACCCUCUUUUCAUAGAUGUCGUGACUCCU